GAUGAGGCAGAAAUAAGAUGACAGAGAACCAAAAACAAGACCAUGAGGUUUAUCUCCACGUCGUCUCCUGCCGCCACCAUCACCACCGCUUCCCUCCCGCCGGCGCCGGCGGCGUCCGGAAAGCGCCGGAUAAGAGCUAGGGUUAGGGUUCCUCCCGGAGAAACCCUAACCCUAGCCCCAGACCCGAGGUUCCUCCGCUUGGAGCUCCGCCGGAACCCUAGCUCAACCCGGCUGAAGGCCGGGCUGACGGAGAUCGAGCCCGACCUCGACGAGGACCCACACGACCGCUGGCGGACAAACGGUGUCGAUCCUGAAGAUUUUAAGUACGGGGAGUAUGAUGGACACCACACUUAUUUCGAAGGAAAUGAAGGUGGCUUCUGGGAAGCUGUUGUGGAGGAGUAUCAAGCUGCAGAACCCCCUACUGGUUUUCAAGGGCUUAUAUCUUGGUUGUUUCUUCCCGCCAUUGUUGUUGGUUUGGCUUACCACGCACCGGGAGAAUACUUGUACAUUGGAGCAGCUGUUUUUGUUAUAGUAUUUUGUGCAAUAGAGAUGGCCAAGCCAGAUAAACCUCAUAACUUUGAGCCUGAGAUCUACAACAUGGAGAGGGGGGCCCGCGACAAGUUAAUAGCUGAUUACAAUUCCAUGGAUAUUUGGGAUUUCAAUGAGAAAUAUGGCGACCUCUGGGACUUUACUGUGAAGAGGGAUGAUAUUGUGAAAUCAUAGCAUGUUUCCAUGAGGAAUAGCGACCUAAUUGCUUUCAGAUGUAGAUUUAAAAGGGGCAAAAAAUUAAUGCAGUGUUGUAAGUAGUUUUGGGCUUAAUGAAAAUUCACUAGUGCAAAUCAUGAUCCAGAAAGUGAUUGAUCCAACUUCAAUUUGGCAUAAGGCGGAUGGAGCUUUCAGAAAAUUGGUAGGCUUUACGCAUGGUGUUUUUCUCAUGAACAGGCAUGAUGUUGGUAUGACUUGGAUGGCUCAAUUUGAGAUGCAUGUAUUUAAAUGUCAGAAAACCAGCCACUUGAUAUUUGUUAAUUUGUUCAUCAUGCUGA